AUGUUAAAAAACAAGACCUCGAAUCACGCUAAAAAUAGUUUGAAAAGGGAAUACUCUUCAAAACAUGAUCAGAAUAAAAGCAAUACAACAGAUAUAUUGAACAGUAAAGAUGUUUGCCGUUCAUUCAGAAGAACUGAAAUUAUUGGAAGAGGUAAGUUUGGUGUGGUGUAUAAAGGCUAUCAUAUGAAAACAAAGGGUGUCUAUGCGAUUAAAGUAUUAAGUUUAGAGAGUGAUUUAGAUGAAGUUGCAGAUAUCCAAAGAGAGAUACAGUUUUUGGUUAGUUUAAAACAAGUACCCAACAUCACAAGAUAUUAUGCUUCAUAUUUGAAAGAUACCAGCUUAUGGAUUAUUAUGGAAUAUUGUGCCGGUGGCUCUGUUAGGACAUUAUUAAGGCCUGGGAAAAUAGAUGAGAAGUAUAUCGCAGUGAUAAUGAGAGAAUUAUUAGUAGCACUUCAUUAUAUUCAUAAAGAUAACGUCAUCCAUAGAGAUAUUAAAGCUGCCAAUUUACUGAUAACGAAUGAAGGUAAUGUCAAAUUAUGUGAUUUUGGUGUUGCUGCACAGUUAAAUCAAAAUACUAUGAGAAGACAAACUAUGGCAGGUACACCCUAUUGGAUGGCACCUGAAGUUAUUAUGGAAGGUAUUUCUUAUGAUACUAAAGCUGAUAUAUGGUCUGUAGGUAUUACUGCGUAUGAAAUUGCUACAGGUAAUCCACCGUUUUGUGAAAUGGAAGCCUUAAGAGCUAUGCAAGUAAUUAGUAAAUCCAAGCCUGCUAGAUUAGAAGGUAAAAAUCAUGAUCCAUUAUUAAAGGAAUUUAUUGCCAUGUGUUUAGAUGAAGAUCCUCAAGAACGUCCUACUGCAGAUAAGUUAUUACAUGAGAGUGCAUUUAUUAAACAUUAUAAGAAUACUCAUACUUCAGUCUUAAAAGAAUUAAUUAGUAGAUAUUUACUAUUUCGUGAUAAAUAUGCAAAUGCAUAUAAUGAUUCCAAGGAAAUGGAGGAAGAAGUUAAGAAAGAAAAUGAAGUUGAAGAGAACAUCGAUCUUAAAUGGGAUUUUGACUCUUUGAGCUCUAGAGAUUAUAUUCUUGAAAAUGAUAUUAAUAUUGAUGAUAUUCCAGAAGAAACCGGAUUAGAAGAAGCAGGCCAUUAUAAUUUUGCAUAUCCAGAUGAAGAACUUUAUUUGUCUACCAAAGGUAUAUCUAAUAUUAAUGGUUAUAUUACUAGUUCUCAAAAUUUACCAAAUGGUAUUAGUAAUACACAUGUAUUUUCUACUAAUAAUAAUCAAACUCAUGGUAAUCCACCUUUAAAUACGAAUACUCAAAUAUUUACUAACGCUCCAACCAAUACUAAUGGGAAUGUAUAUACACAGUCUAAUAAUACAAUUACAAGACUUGGUAGUAUUGCUACGAAGACUAAUAACAAUCUUAACAAAACAGCAAGAAUUCUCACAAGAAAUCAAAUUCAAACAAAUGGGAAAGCUAUUAUGACCAAUCGUAUUACAAAUACUCAAGCCAUGCCACCAUCUAUGCUGGAAAGUAGAGCUACUAAAGAAUUACUUCAAUUAUUUGACGAAGGUGAUGAUCGCGUUGAUAAUAAUGCCAAUGGUGAUGAAUUGAAUCAUAACUCAAAAAAUAUUAUCAGCCCGACAAUUAUAACACCUUCAGUGGCACCUGAACAAAUUGAAAUACCUUCUGAAUUACCUGAAAGCACCAUAGCUACAAAAUCGACUAAUGUAAGUAGAAGACCUACUUUAACAGCAAACAAAACACCUUCACCAAACAAGAAAACAGUAGUACGAUCUGCAAGUUCACCAAUCAAGAGAAAUAUAGGAUUAGUACCAUCUUUACCACCUAUUGAUACCAAGAAUAUCGCAUCACCCAACUUAUGCAUCUUAAAGGAUGGGAAUGAAGAACAAACACUAUUGCAUAUGCCAUUACCAACUUCCGCGGUAUCUAGUAAUUUGUUAGAGAAUGCUGGCAUUAAUAAUCAAUCAUCAACCAAUGUAACUUUAAAUGGGAAUGUUUUAUCAUCAUCAACGUCAUCCACAAAUACUACCAAUGCCAUUACAAAUAACGGUAACACUACUAGUAUUAAUAACAAUAUCAAUAAUUUAACGAUAUCCACUUCCAAUUUCCCCAAUAAUCAGGUUAACCAAUUUGGAUUCGACCCAUCAGAAGCCUCUAGUGCUCCUGUGGCUAUGACACCAAUUAGUGAGAAAGUUCCUGAUUUACCAGGAUUCAAUCUAUUGAGCAAUAGUACUACAAAAAUCAAUCAAACUGCUAACCGGUUAAGAUCCACAACUCGAACUGAACUCCCCGUUGCCACUAGUGUUCUCAAUGCAUCCACUACUCAUUCUAUUUCUAAUCAUGUAAAUGGGAUUUCUAAUAGUUCGUCUACUAUUAGUGUACCAAGUAGUACUACUAAUAGUACUGCAACUAUACCAACAAUAUCCACCACAGCUACCACUACUACUACCAUUAGUGGUACUAACACUACUGCUAGUAUCACAGCUACUAAUACUACAACAUCUACUACUACUAAUAAUAAUACUAAUAUACUCUCCAAUAAUAAUUUAAGUGCAUCUAAUAGUAAUAUCUCGGGAAACGUCACCAAUACAUCAUUGCCAAUUUUAUCGCCUUCAUUAAUCAAUUCGAAUAAUAAUGAACCUAUCAUGACUUCUUCCAAUUCAUUCAUUAAUAAUAUUAGUUCCAAUACUUCUACUUCUAAUAGUAAUAACAACAAUGAUAUCUCCGGGAAUAAUACAAACCCAUUCCAAAUCAAUUCCUCCUCUACUGUAACAUCUUCAACUACGUUGAAUUCUGCUACCAUAGAAGAUGCUGAGAAUAAUAAUGUGAGCCAUUCUGGAAGCAAGAUGAUAAUGAACCCUCCACCAAGAACAUUGGCCAUGGAAAUGUUUUUGAUCAUGACUUAG